AUGAAUUUAAGUGAAAAAUGUCAAAAUCACCGUGUUCAUGAGUGCGCAAAUCAAUGCUGUAAAUUUCCUUCUUGGAAAAAUAGUGAGGUGACAUCAAAACAAAACGGACUUUUCGCAAAAUUACCCUUAUUUUUGUUCAUAACUCUCUACAUAUCAUUUUGUUGCUUUGGUGCAAUAUGUUUUAAUAAACUUGAAAGACCUACGGAGAGAAGAGAAAGAUUACGAUUACAUGCUUCACAAAUCCGCUUUCUAAGAACUCACUCAUGCGUUACAGGUGAUGAACUUAACGAAUUUGUUGAACAUGUGGUGGCAGCAAGGAAAAUGCGCAUAUCAAUGACACCAGUUAAAAACCUCAGCACUUACAGUUCAAUUGACAUUCCAGAAAAUUGGUAUGAAGAUUUUCAUUUAGGAAAAAGCAUGGAAGUAAAUGCUAAGUUCGAAGCAGUUGCCAUGGAUGAUUUGAAAGAAGAAGAAAGGAAUGAAAGUGACUGGAAUUUUUAUGAAGCGAUAUUCUUCGUGACCACAGUUAUCACCACUAUAGGUUAUGGCACUACUAGUCCAAUCACACCAUAUGGUAAGGCAUUUUGCAUAUUUCUGGUUUGUGCAGGAAUUCCAAUGAACAUGAUUCUAGUUUCUGCAUUGGCUUCCAUAUGCAUGUCCGUAGUUCGGAAAUCACGAAAUGCUUUAGUUAAUUUUCGUUUUCCUUCAAGGGAUUGCAGCGUAUUUGUGUACAAAGAUAAUGAAAAUUUAGAAAAUUGGGAUUCGGAUAUUGUAAGCAAGGCUGAGAACAUUCAGAAUGAAAAAACAAUCCGAAAAAAUGAAGGCAAUAAACAUGGACUUGCAAAAUUAUGCUUCAAGCCAAAAUGCUGUUGUCAGGACGAAUUCAAUAUUUCAGAUGAAAUUGAUGAGUCACAUCGAUUUCAAAAAUGGUUGUCAGAUUGCCAUUUAGCCAAGAGGAUUGAAAAGCAAAGUUUUCAAACUGCAGAAUUUGAAAUAAGAAGUCUGAGAGACGAUACCAUAGGAAAAGAAUCAUUGUACAAAACUGUUUCAUCAGCUUCCUCGUCAACAUCACUGCCAGAAAUAAAGCCUGCACAAAAGAGCUUUCAGUUGAAGCAUUCUUUGAUACCUAAUUCAUCAGAAACUGAUCGACUCAAACCUCCAAGUACGUCUUCUCAUUUACAAAAAAAACUUGUGAAGAAGAGUUCUGUGGUGCACAUGGAUGUGACAAACAGCUACACUAAAUCUCAAUCUGCAAAAGACGCGAACAGUUCGAGUAAUUUCACGGGCAUCCUAACUACAGAGAAUACAUUGGUUGAUCGUGCACGUCUGUCAUGUAUUACUUUCUUACAUUUUUUAUUGUCGAGGAGUGAUCUUGCUCUAACCACCAAAGUUCGAUUUUCACAACUUCGGUAUCGUCAAGGUCAUCAUGGCAUAUUUCAUAUACGCUUAUGUCAUUUCUUCGUGCUCUUUUGGUUAGUAGUUAUGUUCACAAUAUUUACACCUGCAGUUAUAUUUUUUUACUUAGAACAUAACUGGACCUACUUAGAUGCAGUUUAUUUCUGUGUCAUCUCGCUUAGUUCAGUUGGCUUAGGUGAUCUAGUACCGAGUCAAGAUGGGAAAAGUAAUACUCCAAACUACCUGUCACAGUCUUAUGUGAAAAAUAUUUAUAAAAUAAUGACCGCAGUUUACUUAGUACUGGGAACCACACUAGUUACGGUUUUAGUGCGGAGUUUUCGAGAGAUUAUUGACUACGAAUUCACGAAUGUCACCUGCACAUUAGAAGAAAACAACCAAAAUGAAUUUAAAAGCCCAAGCCCAGAGAGACACUUUGAAGACACUUUGGUUUCCACACCGAAUUCCAUUGAUAGACAAAUUCGUAUAGAUAAUGGCUGAAUAGUCAAUUUACAUUGUAGUCAAAAUUAUUAUACAAUUUCUGUGUGUUUUCAUGAUGUAUAUAAUACGUUUUCUUGUGAAUAGUUUGAAAUAAACAAAUAUGGUCAUUCAAACCUUAAAAAUUUACCAAUAUGUAAAUUAUUCUUGGUUACAUGAACGCUCGUUGAAGUCAAACACCAAAACAGAUCAGAAAAGAAGAUUCAAAAUUUUCAUAACAUCUGAUAACAAAAUGGAAUUUAAACAUCUGUUAUAAUUAAUACAUUGUAAAUCAGUAAAGAUUGUAAAGGUUUUCCUGAACUUUUACAUUGUCAGACAGAAUUAUUAACGGAAAUCAGUAAGUAUACAAGAGUGUAACGUUUGUUAUUUCUAAAUGCGGUUGUGCAUUUUGCUUCUGGCCAAAGCAUCUUACUUAAGAUAACGUCUGAAUCUAAGGGACUGCAAAAAGGAUGAGUCCAUUGACUCUGAUCGAACAAAUUCAGCGCUGGAUACAGAUAAUGUCAGUAUCAAAUGGAUAGUCAAGGAUUCAGCUGCAGUCAUAAAUUCUAUUUUUAGCACUAGAUACUGGUUUAGACCACUUUCAUACAGAUAUUGUGGGGUCUCUACUGGAAUCUAACCGAUACAUUCAUCUUUUCAGCUCGGUGGAACAUUUCAAGAGGUGUUCAAAGGCAGUACCUAAUAAACACAAUUACUUCUAAAUCCAUCACUCCCUUUUCCGCGAGCUUGAGAUGAUCAUUUUCGACAACGACUGAUUGUUGGUGGAAAUUCAAGUGUAGGUAAUUUCUCUCUUCCAUUGUAUUCUUAGGCUACAUAAGAUUAUAAAUGACAAACUACCAUCCAAAAGUAAGAAGUAAUGUAGAACACACUCAUAGACAUAUAAGGCUGCCUUUUAUUCCAUAAACGCCCAGUCUUACUGACUGUCUGAAAUGCGUUGAAAGCUGACUUCUGAUAAACCUUCGCAGGACUCGUUUAUGGAAUUACUCUUCAACUACCAGUUAAGUGUGUUUUAUGGUCAACCUUAAUAUCUGUUGUCGAUAGAAUGUCUUACAUAACUAGGCUUACGAACACAAUGAGUUCAGUUAGACCAAUUCCUGUUCAGCCUCCGAAGAUCAAUGUCUUCAUUCAUACCUUAGUCCAUAAUACAUCACAAAUUUUUAUUCCUCGUGAUGCCUUUCUUUGACCUACUGAAUCGGCUUAUGAUGUCACUCAAAUCCAUCAAGCUACACGAUAAUUUUUAUGUAAUCUAAUAAAACAGUCGUGACGAUACUGUCAUUAACAAACGUUUGAAACCAGAUUCUCCAAAAGUAACCCCAUCGUAACUGACGAUUUUCUGCACAACAGCCAGCCGGUAGAAGAUUUGCUCAUUGAAUUUCGUGACGACCAGUCUAGCAAUAUGGAGAUAUAACUAUCUUCACACAAAACGUAUGUUCAGGUCAAACGAUCAUGUCCCCGGAGUAUAUAAAAUCAUACUCAACAGUUUAGUAUGGGUAAAUAUGUCUGCUGUUUUUGAUUUCAUCAUGGAACCGUUUCUAAUGAGAGUGAAAUGUUUUUCGUGACUUUUACCAUCGUAGUGUCAACGUUUUGCCACAAGCUUGUCAUGUAUCUUUAAAAACAGAAAAGAAAAGGAAACUGAGUGUCAAACUUUUCUUUGGAUGUUUUUUAACAAAUGAAACUUACACAUGUUUCAGAUUUUUGUUGUCAUAAAACUUUGUCGUAGUAUCGAAAACUGUUGCUUUUCUGUGAGUGCAGUGGGAGGUGGAUUGGAAGUUGAAAAACAGUGGACAUCAAGAUCGACCUAUUUUUCAAUUUCUGGUUUGUCUUUUUUAAUGGCAUGACACCUUGAAUUAGGUUUAGGUAACCAGUGGCCACCCUUCCAGUGAUCCCAUUGGGAUGAUUUUACUGGUGGUGAAGUCAAUUGUGUUUUACUUCUGAUUGGUAUCAUCUUCUAGUUCUCAUGAACCAGAUAACGAAGGUUGAGGGGAAGCGGCAAGUGAUUUUUGAAAAUCAGCAUCUUAGGAUUCGAUGAAAUUCAGAGUCGAUGUUGACUUCCGUGGCCUCAUCUGACUGUUUAAGCUUAAGACGCACGGCUAGGAAUCCACGUCGCUGGACUGGUAAUGUUACAUUGCACUACUGGUAUGUGAACCUUCAGCUGUUAAGUGGAGGCGCAUGACAUAUGGGCUCCCGCGCGGAUGCCUCGAUAUUGCCUGUAUUUGAAUUAUGUAUCAUUGAUGGGUGCUGGAUAACAGUGGAAUCCACGAUGAGCAUUCCACGCCAUCUACAAUUUGUCGGUUGGAUGUUCCUGCCUCCCAGUUAGCAACGUUUACCCUACCGGAACUCGAAGUUGGGACGCUCUGGCUUUUGAAGCGAUUGGUCCCAAGUUCGAGUCCUGGCGGUUACAGCAUCACUUGCUGAGACGUAGGACCAUCCAGUUGACGAGUCCCAAACGGGACAAGACGUGCUCCCUGAGCUCCACUUCUAGCCCCUAUCCACCAUUAAAGGGAAGAGUUUCAGCCCUUUAAGUCAAUCUUUGCAGGUCAGGUCAGCCACCGCAGGAAUCAUUCGAGUGGCUGCUCUCUGAACGCUUUCCAGAAGGUCUGAGUCACCUUUCAGACAAUAUUUGCCACUUACUUACGGUUUCCUAGUCCAGACCUAGCUAAGGAUAUGUAAAAGAUGGUGUGCAUAUCACCACUUAUUUUCGUAAUGUUUUGCGUAAUCCCCAAGGUAUCUUAAAACUCCAAGCUGCUGCCAGUCGCCAGUGUACCGUGGUUUUCAAAUAAUAACUCAGUGUGUGUCUCGGAUCACUGUGGGCCAGUACUGAGCCCAGCCAAUAUCGUAGGUGUUGCUGCGUGUGUGCCCCAUGUGCAUGCUCACACAUUUACCUGCAUUGAUAGGUACGAUCUAUUUCUCUGACCAAGUAAGCAAGUCAUUUAGGUCUACUUGGGACACACGUACAUCUUCGUCAUCCCCAAUUUCUCGCCAGAUUUUCAUAUCAUCGUAGAGAACCUUUCGGGGUUUUGCGCCAUUAAGCAGCUGAUUUAUGUAUCGGAGAAAUAGCAGGAGAUCCAGAACUGACCGUGCAGCACUUUACUUUCUAUCGACUUCAUAAUGAGAGAGUUGAGAAUCGAUCCUUACUCUUUGGCUUUUCCCAACAAGUAACUGUCCUAUCCACGCAAGUGGAAUGCCAGUGAUUCCGAAAUUUUCCAGUUCCCGAGCAACCUUGAAU